UCUGUUCCUCCAGUGCUCUAGACUAUUAAGAUCAUCAGAAACAUCAAACGUGGAGGUUCUACUGGCACAAUGCACUUCGAUCGUGUAUUGGGUCUGAGCGUGGUAGCCUUAGCUGCCCUCUCAACAUGCGCGACAGCAGAAACUAUUCGAUCCAUAGACCUACAGGCCCGCGAUACACCUUGUCCGAGUAGCUAUGAAAGCCACAAUGGACUCAAUUUCACCACGUACUGCAACCAAAACAACCCUUGGAACGAUGCCCAGGGCCCCUUCGAGACGGACACGAUGGAAGAAUGCAUGGAACACUGCUCGCGGUACUGGGGCGACAGAGAGGGCUGCUUCGGCAUAGUAUGGAACGAGUCAAAUAUGUGCUGGCUGCGCAACUCCUCCACCUCCACACAAGGCAUAUACCCCGAAACGGGCACGCAUGCAGCGCUCGUCCCUCGCGACGAGGUCAAAGGCGUCAGCACCGACUGUCCAUUCGACAACCUUUCGAUUCAGACUGUCCGAAACGUAGAACAGUUUACGAUCCACUGCGACCAAGUCAUAGGCGGCUACGACUUAUGUUUCGAUGAAUACUUCUCUUGUCUCCCGAGCCCUUACAGCGGCUUCUGGCACGCCGACUCUCUCCAAGAAUGCAUGGAAAUCUGCGCCGAUUCCCACCCGCUCUGUCAAGGCGUCUCCUGGAAUCCCUCUCAGACCAUCGGCUUCGCGAACUGCUGGCCAAAAACGGGCUGGCAGAACACACUUGGCGCGGCCACCGCCAACAUGCAAAUUGGCGUCCUCCACUCUGCUGCCCUCACGAGCAUAACACCCACGGUCAACACGACAUGUCCGUCCGGGAAGGCUUAUGAUUCAAAGGGGAAGACGUUCGAUAUCAACUGCGCACAGCUGAAUACAGGGACUAAUAUCACCUCCAUUCACCGUGCGAACAUCACUUCUUGCAUUGACGCAUGUGCGAACAGCGACAAAGACUGCGUCGGCGUAGUCUUCGAUAGCACAAUGGCGGCCGGAUUCCAGAACUGCUACCUCCAGAACACGACGAGCGUCAUCUCCAACAACGCGAACACCACCUUCGCACUGCUCUCAGGCACUCCGAUCCCGACCUCAAGCCCUACCAACACCACCUCGCCUAGUUCUAGCUCCAAAUCUAGUUCGAAAGCCUGGAUCGCUGGGCCUGUAAUCGGCGGCGUCGUCGCCAUCGGUCUAAUUGCAGGCGGCAUCUUCUGGUGGCGACGACGACGAAGCGCGCCUGUGAGCGGGACUACCGCCACUGGGUACAAAGACGCGUCGGGAUAUGGGUACUCGUAUACGCCAGGCCCUCCAGGCGAGCUGCACGCAGAUUCGACGGCGGAAAUGGGGGCGGCGGGUGUUGGACCGGUGAAAUAUGCGCAUGAGCCGCAGAGAGCUUCGGUGGCGCCGCAAGAGCCACAGGAGCUGCCAAGUUGAGGAGAGCGGAUUGCGGUGGAUGGACUUCAAGAUAGAAUAGAGUAAAAGGAAAGGUAUAUAUGGAUUCUCCUUUGGUCAUAUUCAGCGGGUUUAGUGGAUAUCUGAUGAACUUAUGGAGGACCUCCUCAAGUUCAGGGAUCUUGUCAAUAAUGUAGAAUUACGAGUACUGAUUUUAUGAUUGAAAGCUCAUUUAGACCACUCUCUAGGGGAGGUUCCCCCAACUGAAAGUGUCUAAUUUUCAGGGGUAAGGAGUUCUUCGACUUUACUUUCUUCGACUCCCCGUUGCCCACCACGAAGCG